AUGGUGGCGAGCGCGCGGGUGCAGAAGCUGGUGCGGCGCUACAAGCUGGCGAUCGCCACGGCGCUGGCCAUCCUGCUGCUGCAGGGCCUAGUGGUGUGGAGCUUCAGCGUCCUGGAGGACGACGAGCCGGGCGAGAAAGGAAGGCAGAAGAAGCCACGGCCACUUGACCCCAGCGAAGGCUCCAAGGACACAGACAGUUCAGCUGGGCGGCGGGGCAGCGCAGGCAGAAGGCAUGGGCGCUGGCGGGGCCGUGCCGAGAGCCCUGGGGUGCCCGUGGCCAAGGUGGUACGGGCAGUAACUAGCCGGCACAGAACCGGCCGGCGGAUCCCCCCCACCCCGCCCCCAGAGGCCCCAGGCCGCCAGAACCUAAGCGGGGCAGCAGCUGAGGAGGCGCUGGUUGGGGCGGCUGGCUUCCCGCAUGGAGACACGGGGAGUGUGGAGGGCGCCCCCCAGCCCACAGACAACAGCUUCACGCCCAAGUGCGAGAUCGUUGGCAAGGAUGCUCUGUCUGCACUGGCCCGAGCCAGCUCCAAGCAGUGCCAGCAGGAGAUCGCCAACGUGGUGUGCCUGCACCAGGCCGGCAGCCUCAUGCCCAAGGCUGUGCCCCGGCACUGUCAGCGGGCUGGAAAGGUGAGCCCUGGCAUCCCGUGGGACGAGGUCCGGGCCCAGCAGCCUGUGGAUGGUCCCCCAGUGCGGAUCGCCUACAUGCUGGUGGUUCAUGGCCGCGCCAUCCGGCAGCUGAAGCGUCUCCUCAAGGCCGUGUACCACAGGCAGCAUUUCUUCUAUGUCCAUGUAGACAAGCGCUCCAACUACCUGCACCGUGAGGUAGUGGAGCUGGCCCAGCAGUAUGAUAACGUGCGGGUAACACCCUGGCGCAUGGUCACCAUCUGGGGCGGGGCCAGCCUGCUGAGGAUGUAUCUGCGGAGCAUGCAGGACCUGCUGGAGGUGCCCGGCUGGGCCUGGGACUUCUUCAUCAACCUCAGUGCCACUGACUACCCGACCAGGACCAAUGAGGAGCUGGUAGCUUUCCUGUCCAAGAACCGGGACAAGAAUUUCCUCAAGUCUCAUGGCCGGGACAAUUCCAGGUUCAUCAAGAAACAGGGCUUGGACCGGCUCUUCCAUGAGUGCGAUUCGCAUAUGUGGCGUCUGGGCGAGCGGCAGAUCCCAGCAGGCAUUGUGGUGGACGGCGGCUCGGACUGGUUCGUGCUAACUCGCAGCUUCGUGGAGUAUGUGGUGUAUACAGACGACCCACUUGUGGCCCAGCUACGUCAGUUCUACACGUACACGCUGCUCCCAGCUGAGUCCUUCUUUCACACUGUGCUGGAGAACAGCCCAGCCUGCGAGAGCCUUGUGGACAACAACCUGCGGGUCACCAACUGGAACCGCAAGCUGGGCUGCAAGUGCCAGUACAAGCACAUCGUGGACUGGUGCGGCUGCUCCCCCAAUGACUUCAAGCCGCAGGACUUCCUACGGCUGCAGCAAGUCUCCAGACCCACCUUCUUCGCCCGGAAGUUUGAGUCCACUGUGAACCAGGAGGUACUGGAAAUCCUGGACUUCCACCUAUAUGGCAGCUACCCCCCCGGCACCCCAGCCCUCAAGGCCUACUGGGAGAACACCUAUGACGUGGCUGAUGGCCCCAGUGGGCUCAGCGAUGUCAUGCUCACUGCUUACACUGCUUUUGCCCGCCUCAGCCUGCGCCACAUCACCACUGCUGCGUCCCCCCUGGCCAACCCACUCUGCAGGUUUGAGCCCAGGGGCUUGCCGUCCAGUGUGCACCUGUAUUUCUAUGACGACCAUUUCCAGGGCUACUUGGUGACGCAGGCGGUGCAGUCCUCAGCCCAGGGGCCGGCAGAGACGCUUGAGAUGUGGCUGAUGCCCCAGGGGUCGCUGAAGCUGUUGGGGCACAGUGACCAGGCCAGCCGGCUCCAGAGUUUGGAGGUUGGCACCGAGUGGGACCCCAAAGAGCGUCUUUUCCGGAACUUUGGGGGGUUGCUGGGGCCGCUGGACGAGCCUGUGGCCAUGCAGCGCUGGGCCCGGGGCCCCAACCUCACAGUCACCGUGGUAUGGAUCGACCCCACCUAUGUGGUGGCCACAUCUUAUGACAUCGUGGUAGACGCGGAAACGGAGGUCACGCAGUACAAACCCCCACUGAGUCGGCCCCUGCGGCCAGGGGCCUGGACUGUUCGACUGCUUCAGUUCUGGGAACCCCUGGGUGAGACUCACUUCCUCGUGCUGCCCUUGACCUUCAACCGCAAACUACCUCUCAGGAAAGAUGAUGCCAGCUGGCUGCACGCUGGGCCACCCCACAACGAGUAUAUGGAACAGAGUUUCCAGGGCCUGAGUGGCAUCCUGAACCUGCCUCAGCCAGAGCCUGCGGAGGAGGCUGCCCGACUACAUGCAGAGCUCACUGGCCCAGCGCUGGAGGCCUGGACAGAUGGGGAACUAAGCAGCUUCUGGUCUGUGGCCGGACUGUGUGCCAUGGGCCCCUCCACCUGUCCCUCCCUGGAGCUCUGCAGACUGACCAGCUGGAGCUCUCUGUCCCCGGACCCCAAAUCAGAGCUGGGGCCUGUCAAAGCAGAUGGGCGACUCAGGUAG